CAGUUGGCCUCAGGGCCCCGCCGCCCGCGCGACCGCCCGCCGGCGCACGCGGAGGAGGCGGCGGCGGCCGCAGAAGGAGGAGGGGAGCGCGGAGCAGGAGGUGAGGUGGAGGUGGAGGAGCAAGAGUAGGCGGAGGAGGAGGCGGCGGUGGAGGAGACGAGCGGCCAGGAGGAGGAGGAUGGAGGAGCAGCCGAAGGAGGGCGAGGCCGAGGUGGCGGAGCACUGGUUUUCCAAGUGGGAACGCCAGUGCCUGGCCGAGGCCGAGCAGGGGGAGCAGCUGCCCCCCGAGCUGCAGGAGGAGGCGGCCGCGGAGGCAGCGGGGCUCAAGAGCGAGCGGCAGAGGCUGUGGCACCUCUUCCAGAUCUCUGCCACCGCCGUGGCCCAGCUCUACAAGGAUGCCGGGUGCCAACAGCCAGAUCUGUCCAUCUGGGACCCCUUCCAGAACGCGGCCAUGGCCGUGACCAGUCUCUACAAAGAGAGCGGGGAUGCCCACCAACGAAGUUUUGACCUGGGCGUCCAGGUCGGCUACCAGCGUCGCAUCAGAGAUGUCCUGGAGUGGGUGAAGAAGGGCCGGAGCACCAUUCUCCGCGAAGACCUGAUCAGCUUCCUGUGUGGCAAGGUGCCCCCCGCACCUCCACCGUCGCGCACCCCCAGGACGCCGCCGAAGCUGUCUGUCGCGGCCUCCGGCCAGGCCGCAGCCACCGGGGCCGGAUCGUCCGUAGACGUCGACCUGCAGCCCUUCCAUGAGGCCAUCGCCCUGCAUGGCCUCAGUGGUGCCAUGGCGAGCAUCAGCGUGAGAUCUGGCGCCCCUGGCUCCCCGCCUCAAGCCAGCGGCGGGGCCACCAAUGGCGUCCCCACCAGUAGCCCUGGAGGUGGGCGCCGAAAAAGUAGCUUCCUGGAGGACGACUUGAACCCCUUCAACUCAGAAGAACCGGCCCUCCGCCUGGACAGUGGGGGGACCCGCAAGCGCACCUCGGCCCAGUGCGGGGAUAGUGUCACAGAUUCCCCCACCCACAAGCGCAACCGAAUGGUCUGAACCUCGCCGUUGGCCACCAGCUGCCAUGUUACUUGAGAGCUAACUUGACCUUCCACGUGCUUGUCGAAAAGGAUGCUCGAGACCAUCGUUUUCUUCUCAAAGUUAAAGAUUUCUAUCAAGUUUGCCAUACAGAAACUUUUAAAGUAUUCUAGAAGAGGCCUCGUAUGACUCGGACUUUCCCGAAAAUGUAAUUCUAGCAGAGAACAAGUAUUAUGUAGUAGUUAGCAAGAUCAGCAAAAGCAGAAGUAUCCGGUCAAAAGCGGGAGCCUGGUUUAUCUUGUUCACAGUUAAUAUUCCUUAGCACUUAGCACAGUUGCUGGUGCUCAAUAAAUGUUUGUU